CAACGCAGUACUCAAGUUCUCAAAGUUCCAUCUCGCUGGCAACCGUUGAACUGGACAAGGAGAGAACGUUCUCUGAGAACCUUCAGCUCAGUCUGUGACUGGUCAAGGAGAGCUCGUGUUGUACCAGGAGUCCAGCAAGGCUUUCAUAUCUCCUACAGUUUCACAGCUACUCCUAAAGAAGGAUGAUCACUGAGCAGACAGCCAACAGCACCCUGCUACUGGGCAAUGGAAGUAAGCCAGAGCCAAGUAUGCUACCAGAGGCUUCUCUACCCCAUAACGACCCCGACCGUGAGAUGGCAACUUAUAUCAUCCGCUGCGUUAUCCCUUCAUUGUAUUUGAUAAUCAUCGUUGUGGGGUUAGUGGGUAACAUCACGCUUGUUAAGAUCUUUAUCACCAACAGUGCUAUGAGAAGUGUCCCAAAUAUCUUCAUUUCCAGCCUGGCAGCCGGAGACCUGUUGCUGCUGGUGACCUGUGUGCCCGUGGACGCUUUUCGCUUCGUCUUUGACGAGUGGAUGCUCGGGGAAGUUUGCUGCAAGCUCAUCCCGGCUAUCCAACUCACCUCAGUUGGGGUGUCUGUCUUCACACUCACUGCACUUAGCGCUGACAGGUAAGAUGUACCCUAGCAGGGUAAAAGUGCUCAUUCCACACUUUUAACUUGGUUCAUAAGAGAUUGCAUCAGCAGUCGUUUCUUUUGUAAAUGUAUUAAUUUUGCCAAUUUACUUUUUUAAUAACCCUUUUCCAUGGUAGAACAGAGAAUUUGAAUCCCCCAACUCCCUUUUUUCAUUGUUUUAGUAUAAAUGAUCUGAUAAGAGAUUUUAUUUGUGCAUAUUUGGUGCUGCUUUAGAUACCCUAAAAAUAAAACUAUUUGAUAAACAGAAGUAAAAAAAUUAUUCUAACGUUAUCCAUAUGUGCAAAUUUCUACACUUUAACAUGUAUUUUAUAUCUUAUACAUCUAUAUAGCUAAAUAAUGCUUUAACCUAAUGCUGUAGAUUUAAUAUGUAUAUUGAUUAUUGGCACUUGAUACCUAUAAGUUCACUUAUAUGUGUGUGGUUAGGUAUGUGUAUGUAUAUAUAGACGUGUUAAAACGUACAAUUAAAACAAUGUUUCAAUUCAAUCAGUGUAGCUGUUUGCCUCUGAAUGGAUAGGAGAACACUUUAGCACUAAUCAGUUAUAUGGUAUUGGAAUUGUAUCAACGUGAUGAUAUUUCCAGUAUUAUAUUAAGAACAAAGUAUUAUAUUAAUUAUAACAUAUAUGCUACUGUUUUCAACAAUUCACAUAUUGAUCUCCUAGCUUAGGUUUCUAUCCCAUCGAGGUUGAUGAUAUUAUCACUGAGCAGUUCAACUGGCAGUAAGUUUAAACUCACUCAGAACACAGCUGAUUGUGAUCUGCACCCACAGAGGUGUAGACAACAAACUCCCUUGCAGUUGGGAAAGGGACAGAGCCAGUAAAGAGGGGCAUUGCCAGGGGAGGCUGACAGGGACUGGAGUCUGGUAUAGUUGUAUUGUUAGUGGCCUGUAAUACUGAAAGUACAACUCUAGUUAUAUAAUUUGUUACAGUGCCACUUUAAUAUACCAUAUUUAGAGUUAAUUUUACAGCAAAUUGGGGGAUGGACAUGGCUAUAGGUGCAUGCUUUUUUAAUGCAGUGGGUUGAAGGGUUAAUAAAGUGUGACUUGGGGUUUAUAAAGAAGGUGUGGAGUUUAUAAAUAUAUGUACAUGUAUAACUGAGUUCAGUCAAAGAUUUGGUGACACAAUAUGAUAAAUUGCACCUCCAAAGGCUUAGGAAUGGACUUAAUCCAAUAUAUAUGUCUGGUUCUAGGAGUGGGUUAAUUCAAUGCAUGAAUAAGGGGCCAUACAACUUAUUUUUAUCACCAAGGAACUCUGCUGCUGGACACCACUGGAUCACCACAUAUUUAACAAUUACCUGCACUGAACCAACAGAGAUUUAGAAGUGGCCUCUGCCAGGCCACAAGGGAUUUCAUGCCCCUGCUCCUCACCCUCUAAUUGCCUUCUAGUUUGCCCCUCAUCCCACUCCCUCCAGAUUGCUCCCCUUCACACUCCAUCCAGGUUUCUUCUCCCCUAACUUGCCCUCUUCCCUCUCCCUCCUGCUUGACUCACUAACUUCCCCACAGCUCCCUUCACAUUGACCAACCUCCAUUACCCCAGCUUAUCAUGCACCCCUGUAGUUUGCCCUCCUUCACUUUUCUUCCAGUGUACUCUCCCUCCUCCCUCAGUCCCUUUUCAUCUUUCUCUCACCCUCCAAGUUUCCCAGCUUAUACUUGCUAUCCCCCUUUCCCCCAAGCUUGCCCAUUUCCUUUCCCUCUCCACCCUCCAUGACUCUCUCCCUCUCUUUCUCUCCUAUCUGUUGCUCAGGAGAAAUGUAA